AUGCUCAAGCCACAGGCUAACGCUAUUCGGGAACUCGUCUCACUUGACGGGGUCUGGAACUUCGCCUUGGAACCUUCGACACAGCCGCAGCCGAAAGCAUGGGAACAUGAUCUAACAUCUCAACUCCAAGUCCCUGUACCAGCCAGUUACAACGACAUCCUCAUCGAUCCAAAGAUUCGAAACCAUGUCGGAUGGGUGUACUACCAACGUCACGCAACGAUUCCUCGCGCGUGGUCUGGAAGGCGGUAUGUCCUUCGCUUCGAUGCCGCCACCCAUCGGGGCCGUGUCUACGUGAACGAUCAAUUCAUCACGGAACACACUGGUGGAUAUACGCCAUUCGAGGCGGAUAUCACUGAUGCUGUGUCGCCGGGGCAAGGGUUCCGUUUGACUGUUGCUGUCAGCAAUGAGUUGGACUGGACGACGAUCCCUCCAGGCAGGAUCGAAGUCGAGGACGGGAAGCGAAAGCAACACUAUCAACACGACUUCUUCAACUACGCUGGACUUGCUCGAUCUGUGUGGCUAUACUGUGUCCCACAGAUACAUAUCUCUGAUGUAACCGUCAACACCGACGUCAUCGAAGGAGGAAGAGUUGGCAUCGUCAACUUUGAGAUCAACACCAGCCAGUCGAUAUCAGACUCCAAAGUCAAUGUGUCACUUGGAGAUGAAGACGGCAAGGUGGUUGGAAAAGCAUCUGGGAUGACCGGAAAGGUAGUGGUGAGCUCGGUUCAUCUGUGGCAGCCGGGAGCAGCAUACCUCUACCAGCUUUGUAUUCAGCUCGUCAAUGACGAGGAUCGUGCUGAAGACUCUUACCAUCUUCCCGUUGGCAUAAGAUCAGUCGAGUUGAAAGACAACCGGUUCUUGAUUAACGACGAGCCGUUCCAUUUCCGCGGGUUUGGGAAGCAUGAGGAUACCCCUAUUCGAGGCAAAGGCCAUGAUGCCGCAUACAUGAUCCACGACUUCGAGCUGAUGAAGUGGGUCGGGGCCAACUCAUUCCGCGCGUCGCACUAUCCCUACGCAGAGGAAGUGAUGGAAUAUGCGGAUCGUCAUGGAGUUAUCAUCAUCGACGAAACGGCUGCAGUUGGCUUGAACUUGGCUGUGGUUGCCGGCCUUCACGGGUCGAAGCAGUUGCCGACAUACUCCCCUGACACGGUCAGCGACAAGACGAGGACAUCGCAUGAGAAAGCUAUUCGAGAACUCAUCGACCGCGAUAAGAAUCAUCCCUCAGUCGUCAUGUGGGCCAUUGCCAACGAGCCGGCGGCACAUGAGCCCGGGGCAAGGGAAUAUUUCGAACCGUUAGUCGCCCUUGCUCGCCAUCUAGACUCCCGACCGAUUUGCUACGCCAACGAGUUCCAAGCAAGCGUCGACAAAUGUCUUAUUUCCGACCUGUUCGACGUGCUGUGUCUCAAUCGCUACUACGGCUGGUACCUGCACACGGGCGACCUCGAGGCUGCUGAGACCAAUCUCGAGAAGGAACUGUUGCAAUGGCAAGCGAAGUUCAACAAACCCAUCGUGAUGUCAGAAUAUGGUGCCGAUACUCUUGCUGGGCUGCACACUGUGGGUGAUGUUCCGUGGAGUGAGGAAUACCAGAGCCGCGUGUUGGAAAUGAGCCACAGAGUCUUUGAUCGGAUAGACAGUGUCGUUGGGGAGCAUGUGUGGAACUUUGCGGACUUCCAGACCCCGUCGACCUUCAUCUUCCGCGUAGACGGGAACAAGAAGGGUGUGUUCACGAGAGAUCGGAGGCCGAAGAUGGCAGCGCAUGUGCUUCGAAAGCGAUGGACCGGAAGUUAG